AUGGGAAACCCUCAAGCAGACUCUUCAGAUAUUUACCAGCAAGACCAAGCAGAUUACAAUGUCCAAAUUCAGUAUAAUGUCCAGGUAUCAUACGAUGAUAACAGCAACGACCCGGCUUACUACAAUCCGAACCCACAAGGUGACCCGUCGUAUCAGCCCCUCCAAUCGGACGACGGUGGUGGCGGCGGCGGCCCAGAUCCACAGUACCAUCAAGACGACGCUGCAAAUAACCACCAGCAGCAGCAGCAGGAGCACUUCCAACCGCCUCUGCAGCAACAGCAACAGAAGAAGCAACAGUUCCAACCACCUCAGCACCAACAGCAUCAACAGCAACAGCUCGAACCACCUCAACUACAACAGCAGUUCGGCCCAUCGCUGCCGCAAUUCAACCAGCCCUAUGCCGCGGCACUGCCCCCUCGGCCAGUGGCACAGUUCCCGCCUCAAAGCCCUCAAAUGAACCCAGCCUAUGCAAACCAAGGGGCUUAUCCGCCGCAGCAGCAGCCAUCCUACCCAACGGCGACGGGGGCACCUCAACAAUACCCUUCUCAGCAGCAACCACAAUAUGCUCAACAGAGCGUGCCCCAGGCUUACCCACCGAACUCACCACCGCCUAAGCCGUAUCCACCUUCGCCAGCUUAUCAACAACAGCCGGCUGCUCAGCCUGUGCAGUUCCCUCCACCGGCAGGCGGAGUAGCGCAGUAUGCUGCGAUGCCGCCUUCCCCAAUCAAGCCGGGAGUCCAGGGGUACAACGGCGCGGCUCAGGGCAUUCCAAUGCAGCCGAACAUGAUGGGCAGCGUCAACACCGAAGGAUGGAGGACGGGGCUGUUUGAUUGCAUGGACGACCCCAUGAACACCGCUAUAACGUUCUUCUUCCCAUGCUUGACCUUCGGCCAGGUCGCAGAGAUCACUGACAACGGCACGACUUCUUGUGCGAUGGGUGCACUGAUGUACGGGCUGAUCGGCGCCUUCAUCGGGAUGCCAUGCAUCUACUCGUGCAUGUACCGGUCGAAGCUCAGGAAUAAGUUUGGGCUGGUGGAGUCGCCUGCGCCGGAUUGGAUCGUCCACUGCCUGUGCGAGCCCUGUGCUCUUUGCCAAGAGUACAGAGAACUUAACCGCCGAGGCUGGGACCCCUCCAUUGGAUGGUUGGGCAACGUUCAAAAACAACAGCGGAUGCAGCAGCAGCCGCAGGUAGCUAUGGUGCCCCCGAUGAAUCAAACAAUGAUGGCUUGAUGAGUUGUGAUGUGUUAAAUGUGUUCAUGUCCACAAUUCUUCUGACAUCUUUUGAGUUCCUUCGAUUUUAAGGUUGUGCUACCCAAAAA